AUUCUGUCUUCUUCUGUUUCAAAGUUCUCCAUCUUCAAAGCUUCCUCUCCUUCAAGUCGUCAAAACUCAAAACUCAAGAAAUAAUGGACACCCAUGUUCACCAGCUUUCUUCCGGGGAAGAGGAGGAGAUUGACUCUACAAUAAAAGACAAAGGAAAGGGUAAAAACCAGAACACUUCUUCUGAUAAACCUCGUUUGAUUCUUACUGGUAAGAAACGUCCACGUCGUCUUUCUUCUGGUGUUUGGGUGCAUUUUGAGUUUUUAGAUGAGCCUGAUGAAAAUGGUAAUCUGAUUUGCAAAUGUAAAAAGUGUGGUUUACGUUUUAAUGGUGAUAGUAAGAAUGAAACUGGGAAUCUUCAUCGUCAUUUGAAAAAUUGUAAACAAAGGUCUUUUAGGGAUGUUGGUCAAAUGAUAUUAGAGAAAACAUCCUCUGGUUUAGGAAAUAGAUUGCCUGAUUUUGAUGCUGGUUAUUUCCGUGAAUUAUUGUCUAUUGCUAUUGUGGAGCAUGAUAUGCCAUUUCAGUUUGUAGAGUUCAAGGGUUUUAGGAGAUGUUUUAAUUAUUUGCAUCCUGAUUUCAAACCUGUCACUCGAAACACUAUCAAAUAUGAUGUGCUUAAGAUGUAUAAAAGAGAGAAAGAGAAAUUAAAAGCGGUUUUGGGCUCAACUUGUAGUAGAAUUGCAUUGACUUCUGAUUGUUGGACUUCUUUAACCACCGAUGGUUAUAUAUCAUUAACAGCUCAUUAUGUUGACAAUUCUUGGUGUUUGCAAAAAAAGAUCUUGAACUUUUCUUACAUUGGUCCUCCCCAUACAGGAAUUCAUUUAUGUGAUCAUGUGUAUGGUUUGUUAAAGGAAUGGGGUAUUCAGAAAAAUAUUUUUUCAAUUACAUUAGAUAAUGCUUCUUCAAAUGAUGUUUUUGCUGAAAAUCUAAAAGGGGAACUUGAGUUGAUUAAUGGUGGGGAAUUUUUUCAUGUAAGGUGUUGUGCUCACAUUCUUAAUUUAAUUGUUCAAGAUGGUUUAAAAGAGAUUGAUGCGGCUGUGUAUAAGAUUAGAGAGAGUGCCAAGUAUUGUAAGAGUUCACAAGGUAGGAAACAAAGGUUUUUAAGUUGUGUAGCACAUGUUGAAAUUCAAUCUACUAGAAUUUUACAACAAGAUGUUCCUACUAGAUGGAAUUCAACUUACAUGAUGCUUGAUUGUGCUUUGUAUUUUAAAAAAGCUUUAAUUCAUUUUCAAAAAGUUGAUGCCAAUUAUGUGCAUUGUCCUUCUGCGGAAGAAUGGGGUAGAAUUGAGAAAAUAUGCAAGUUUUUGAAAGUUUUCCAUGAUGUCACACUUGCCUUUUCCGGGACCAAAUAUCCAACUUCCAAUCUCUACUUUCAUAGAGUCUUGCAGGUUAGGUUGUUGUUACAAAAUGAAAUGAAAAGUUCAGAUCUUUUUAUGCAAAAAAUGGCUUGUAAGAUGUAUGAGAAAUUUGGAAAAUAUUGGUCAGAAUUUAGUACAUUUAUGGUUGUUGCUGUGGUGUUGGAUCCACGAUAUAAGUUGCAAUGUGUCAAUUGGGGUUACAUGAGGAUAUAUGGUUAGCAUAGUAUUGAAUACGAGCUUGAGUUCUCUAAGGUUAAGGAUGCUCUACGGAGGUUAUACGAGGCUUAUGAAUCUACUCAUUCUUCAUCAAGCAAAGCUAUUCCCACUACUAAUGCUUCCAAUGAAGCUUCUGAUGAUUUUAUGAUGGAUUUUGAUAGUUUCUCUCAAGAGCAAUCAAGUGUGGCAAUCAAAUCUGAAAUUGAUAUGUAUUAUGAGGAGCCACUUAUCCCUCGAGGCACCAACCUUGAUAUUUUGUCUUAUUGGAGAACUUGUUCGGUCCGCUAUCCUGUAUUAGCUAAAAUUGCUAAGGAUGUUCUUGUUGUCCCCGUAUUAACCGUGGCCUCCGAAUCAGCUUUUAGUACUGGAAGUCGGGUGAUUGAUUGUUAUAGAAGUUCUUUAAAAUCAGAAACGGUGGAAGCUAUCAUUUGCUUAAGGGAUUGGGCCUUUGGGGAAGCAAAUAUGGAUCCUCAAAUGGAAAUGCUAUGUGGAUCAGUUAUGAAGCUUAAGGUGGAGGACAACAACGACAAUCAUGACACACCACGUUCCUCGCCCGAACUUGAACAAUUUGAUGAGAAUGCUUCUUCGAACAUUGUUUGAUCAUUUCUGAUUUUUUAAAAAACAUUUAUUUCUUUUUAAUUGUGGUUUGUAAUUUGUUUAAGACUAAUUUUGUUAUGUAAUAGUUAAUUAGGUAUUUAGACUUGUUAGACUUUAUUUGGUUUUCUAC